AUGUAUGCCCUAGAGUCGACUAUCUGUGGAUCAAAUUUUACAACUAAAUGGAAACUAAGUGAUCCUAUUUGUUCUACACGUUUUGAAUCAUUUUUUGUAUUUGUGUUAGUGACAUUACUGUUAUCCCUUACAAUACUGAUUACUGUGAUUGGAAAUUUCAUGGUGCUUCUCGCUUUAUACCGUUAUCGUUCCUUACAAACCAUGUCCAAUUGUUUAAUCGGAAAUUUAGCAGUGAGUGAUUUCUGUAUAGCAUUAGUAGUUUUACCAAUAUCAACUGGUAAUGAUAUGUUAGGUUAUUGGAUAUUUGGUGAAACAAUGUGUACAAUAUGGUUGUGUAUAGAUGUACUAAUAUGUACAGCUUCUAUUUGGGGAUUAUGUACUAUCGCCUUUGACCGUUAUACAGCUACAGUGUAUCCGGUGUGGUAUCAUGAUAAACGAUCACGUAAAAAAGCAUUAGCUUAUAUAUCUUUUGUAUGGAUAUUUUCUAUCAUUAUUUCCUUUUCACCAUUUAUUGGCUGGAGAGAAAUGAUUCCUAAUUUUUAUUCACCAAAUCCAGAACUCAACCGACAUGAAUGUAUAUUAUUUAUGACCCAGAGUUAUGUGGUAUAUUCUGCUAUGGGAUCUUUUGUCUUGCCCUUGUUAUUAAUGACAUUUCUCUAUAUUCGUAUAUUUAUUGUUCUUCAUAAGCAGUCUAAACAUCUUAAAGCCAAGGCAAACUUAUACUAUGCACGGAAAGAAUCUGCACUAAAUGGAGGAAAUCAACCGAUAAUAGAGCGAAGUGUUACCCGAGAAACCAAUCUAGAUACAAUGACGACACAAACUAGUUCCUUUUAUAUUGAAGAAUUGGAUGACUCAACAAUGGAGUCUUCAGUCUAUACUGGACGUGAUAUCACUGAUUUAUCAUGUCAAAAUAGCCUUCUACCAAUCCAGGAGAAUUCACGUAGUAUUUCCAAUCUGGACUCAGAAGAAUCAGACCUGGAAUCCAGUCCAAAACAAAAUACCAAAACUAAUGGUAUAUCUAAUAAUAAUCAUAUGAUGGUUAAAUGUAAAUCUGAAGUGAUGAGUCCAAAUAAUGUUAUCACUCAAGCUGACCGUUCCAAAAGUGCCAAUAUCUUAUCCACUACGAAUAACACACAAGGAUCACCAAAAUCUCCAACAUCAACACGUGAAUCACCUCCUCCAAAAAUUACACGGAAUAAUCGAAUGACAUUAUCAAUGAAACGGAGAUUUGAACUGCGUGAACAACGUGCCACUAAGAGAAUGUUGACUAUAAUGGCUUGUUUCUGUGUCUGCUGGAUUCCAUUUUUGUUUAUGUAUUUAACACGAAGUUUUUGUGUGACUUGUGAUAUGAAUGAACAUUUGGUCAGUUUUAUAAUAUGGUUGGGAUAUGCCAAUUCGUGUUUAAAUCCUAUUCUAUAUACAGUUUUCAAUGAUGACUUUAGAAAAGCCUUCAAAAAAAUACUUCAUAUGGACACUACGAGCAAACAUAAAUAG